CAAAGCCCACGGCGUCAGCGGCAUAGCGGUGCAGCCGCCACGCCGUUAAGGAUUUAUACAAGCACGACCUAUCGCUGCCGACCUGUGCAACGCCGAUUGCAACGUGCACAAAACCAGCACAAACAAACAGCAAAGCCCAGCGUCCAAAGCCAGCCCAGCAGCAAUCGAUGAGAGGUGUGAUGCCAACAACCAGCUACUCCGAAGGGAUUAGUCUCCCGCUUAUCAUGUGGUCUUACCAAAUUACCAUAUUACUAGAUGGCCUGACCUCUCAUUUGAAAAACGACGCGUCGUCGCGCGACCACAUCCGCGUCGCGACGCUCUCCGACGCAGGCGAUGAUGAGGCUGCUCCCGUUGUUGACCGUAGUAGCCCACGCGGCGCGGACCGUGAAGUGGGAAGUAAAAACGACGGGCCGCGCGCCGGCGCCGGCGAGCUUCGACGCGUGGUUCGCCGAUGCGAAGAACCCGGUCGAGCGGGCCAUCGUCGCGGCGAACGACGCCAUUUCGGAGGUCAGCGACCUCGGGGGAGGCAAUUAUGAAGGGAGAAUCUCCGGCGCGACGUUCCCCCUCGUCAAGCUCCAGCCGGUCAUGGAGUUCUCCCUGACCCGUCAAAAUCCGAGAUCCAUCUCCAUCUCGCUCGACAAGCAGCGCAUGGAGACGACCGGUCCCCGCUGGGCCUGUCGCAUCGUCGAGGCCAUGGCGGGAAUCAUGGACACGACCUCCACGUCCGUUUUUACGGUUGAGAACAACGAACUGGUCUGCGAGGCGUCGGUGACGGCCUCCUUCGACGUGCCGCGCUGGGUGCCCGUGCCCUUGAAAUCGAUCCAGAACGGUGGGCAGAACGCCAUUCAAAAACAGGUCGAGGGCGACGUGGGGACCAUGGUCUCGAAUUUACUCAAGAACGACCCGUCCGCGCCCGCGGAGGAGGCGUCGCCGGCGCCAUGAUCGCCGUCCGUGUCCUGGAGGCGGUCUCGGCGGCUGGUGGGUGCUGGGGUAAUCAUUGUGUACUGUACAUGAGUGUGCCGCGGCGAUGGCGUUGGGUCUAGUAAUCAUGAUUUCAAUGUUAGUCGGCUCGGCCCUGGCCGGGCUGGGCCGCAAGCGAGCGGUGUUGCGAGAGGCCAGACGUCUGGCAGGGAACGGAA